UCAAAGUGAAAUGACUGUGUUGGUUCACUUUUGACUUUGGGAAUGCUUCCACCAAUUUGAUGUCCCGGAGUGUUUAGCCUUUCGUUGCGCCGCACGUAGUUUGUGGAUUCGGAUGUGAGAUCGUCGCCCUGCAACUGGAGAAAUGUCUGCCAGGCGUUAGCAGGUAAAGCCCGCGACCGCACUCUGCAGCCAAGUGAAUUCGAAGGUGGUUCUAUCAGUGUAUCAAACCUUGGAAUGUUUGGUAUCACCAACUUCACAGCCAUUAUCAACCCGCCACAGGCAUCCAUUCUGGCUGUUGGUACGUCACAGCUGCGGCCCAACGCCGCUGGAGGUGUGCAGACGGUUGUGUCGAUGUCGUACUGCUUCGAUGCACGGGCCAUCUCUGAAAAGCAUGCCGCUGAUUUCCUCAACGUACUCCGUUACAAUCUGGAAAUGCCACAUGUGCCGCCUCUUCUGUGAGGCCAGAUACAGUACUGUCAGUAGGCUUGUACCAUCAAGGUAGUGUAGAGUCUGCCGGUAUAAUUAUGUAAUACCGAAGUGAUGCUAGCUCCUGUCCCGAGUAUUGGCAAGAAUUGACACUGAGUACAGUGCGGCGACCAUCUUUCCAUCUGACUUUCUUUGGGCCUCCUCCGUAAUACUGCAGUGCUGUUGCUCGGACGUAGCAAACGCUAUGCUAAGGUUCAGUUGCGUGCGCCAUGCAAAUACUAGAAAUAUUUUCUUCAAUUCUCUUGAUGCUGCCCCCUCCCUUGUAAAUCUGUUUUCACCACAGCCGGCUGGUUCUGAUUUUUUGUCCCUCCUUCAUGCUACUGCUGAUUGCUGUUGCUAGUGCCUGUGAUAUUUGCCAAUUUUAAUAUUUAAAAGACAGGGGUAAGGCUAGCCGCGGUGAGAGUGCAUGGAGCAUAUCUACACUAAGACUACAGUGCCUUACUGCCUUGUCUGGAUCACCACACCUAACACUGCUACAAAUGUUCUGGCUUUUCUUCCUCACGCACCCGCCGGCCCAGUUCCAUAGUUGAUUUUUACUUUCUAUGCUUUGUUUUGUUCACGGCCAUGGUCAGUCUGCCGUCACUGACUGUAGUGCUAGUGCGCUGGCUGAAUGUCAUGACUGACUGUGACCAUGGUGACUGUGUAGCAACCCUGCACGCGUCCGGUCCUGAUUCUCCACUGUCUGUUCAGCCAUUGGCUGUAAACUUUGUGGUCGUAGUGCUUCAUACUAAUAUUCUAUUCACUGCUCUCUUUCAA